AUGAGUUAUAAUUUUGAAUUAACUGCAAAUUGUUUAUUAAAUAUUUCUGAAAGUUUUGAUGCAAAAUUGGAUUUAAUUUCAACAGAAGAACAAUUGGAAGAACAACAAAAUUCAAUUAAUAUAAUUGUGCCCUCAAAAAAUCCCAAUAUAAUUAUUCCGUAUGGAGCCCCUCCUCCUAAUAAGAAGGGCGCGGAUGGGGGGAAGUUGGAGGAUUUGUCUCCUUCACUUAAUUUCAACGAUUCUUUACAAACAAUAAGUCAAUUACUCGAACAACUAGAUUUUGAACGUCGUCACUGCCUUUCUAUGGCAAACCAAGUUAGAGGAAAGCCUCACGGCGGUGCUUUGUGUGGACAUUAUAUGAGAAGGGUAAAUUUAAACGACAAUUAA